GGCUCAGCAGCCUCUGUAACGGCACAGGGGAGCCCUUUAAGCCGUGCCUGGCUCCUUAUCAAAACCACACAGAGGCUGUCUGGGGCCUCCAUCAUGGGGAAUUCCCCUUCUCUGUGCCUAAAAGUAAGCUCAGCUGGGCCGGCCUUCCUGCAUUUGGGGAUUGCAGCCGGAGAGGCCUGGCGCAAAGGGCUCUAACCCCCGCCAGCCCCUCGGCAACCCGGCCGGGGAUGCCUGGCUAGGAAAUAGGCAACUGAAUGGCUGGCAUGGAAGGGAGAGGACCCUACCGCAUUUACGACCCUGGUGGGGGGACGGAGGAAAAUGAAUCCACUGCCUUUGAGCGGCUGAUGGAGGAAAAUGCCCGGCUGAAGGAGAAGAUGCAGGGGAUCAAGUCUAUUGGAGAGCUGCUGGAGGAGUCUCAGCUGGAGGCAUCCAGGCUGCGGCAGAAAGCUGAGGACCUUGUGAAGGACAACAAAAUGCUGGUGGCAUCGUCUUCCUUGGAGGACCUGGUGGAAACUGGAGCCAUCGGCCCUGAUCCCAGCUCCACGCAGGCCGUCCCGGGCAGCGCCCAGCCAGACAGGGAAGCACGAAAAUCUCCUCCAAGCGGAUCCUCCUCUGAGUUUGAGAUCGUCGCUGUGGAAGCGCAGGGGUUUCCUCAGGAGAUGGGGAGAGCGGACUUGGAGCAGUCACCGAGUGAGGACACCAACCUGCUGCCCCAGCUGCAGCAGCUGGAGAACACACUGAGCGGCUGCACCAAGGAGGCCAGCAAGGACCAGGUCUUUGUGCGCAUGGGCUACAUGGCCUCUGAGCUCAAGCGCCUGGCCUCCAAGGUGCACAAGAACGAGCAGCGGACAACGUUCCUGCAGACACUGUGUGAAACCCUGCACAGUGAGAACAAUGAGCUGCGAACCAAGCUGGAGCGGGACCUGGAGCAGAGAAAUCAGGCGCUGGAGAAGCUCAGGUGUGAGAACCAGGAGCUCCGGAGGAUGGUGAUGCUGAGCAGCCAGGACAGCGGGAAGAGGGAAGGUGCCGAGCAGCAGCAGCAGAGUGGGGCCUCGGUGGAGAAGGCGCCAGGCAGAGGAGAGCUGGAGGCCAAGGAGAAGAAGGUGAAGAUCCUGGAGCACCAGCGCAGGGAGCUGCUGGAGGUGAAUAAGCAAUGGGAUCAGCACUUCCGAGCCACGAAGCAAAAGUACGAGCAGAAGGUGACAGACCUGCAGCAGGAGCUGGCUGAGGCCCGCAGGGCACUGACUGAGCUGGAGUCAGAGCGGGAGCAAAAGCAACGGGAUUUUGACCGCAAGCUGCUUCUGGCCAAGUCCCGGAUUGAAACAGAGGAGGCAGAGAAGGAGAGGCUGGCCAUGGAGGUGAGGGACCUGCAGCAGAGGAUGCGGUUCCUGCAGGAGCAGCUGGCUCCAGUCACCAGGCAGCGGGAAUACCAGGAGAAGGAGAUCCAGAGGCUGAACAAGGCACUAGAGGAGGCGCUGAAUGUCCAGGCCUCCCCACCACCCAUCUUUGCCAGUGCUAUGGAGCCAGCUGGGAAGGUGCCACAGCAGGAGCUGCUGACCCAGAAUGAGCUCCUCAAGCAGCAGGUGAAAAUUUUUGAAGAGGACUUCCAGCGGGAGCGGAGUGACAGGGAGAGGAUGAAUGAGGAGAAAGAAGAGCUGAAGCAGCAGCUGGAAAAGCUGCAGAAGCAGUUGGUCCUGUCCAACAACCAGCUUCGGGCCUCCAAAGAGGACUGCCAGAGGGAGAAGGAGGAGAAGGAGAAGCUGAAGAAGCUGCUGAAACAGCACAAACAGGCUUCUGGAGAGAGGCUGCACCCUGAGCCACUGCCGGGGCCGCUGGGCCCUGCCUGCCCUGUGUACCAGUACCAGUACAGUCCCCCCAUGGCUCACCCCAUGUGCCACGGCUUUGAUGAGUGGCAGCAGAUCCGAUACCCGCCAGCGAUGCCGAGCGAGCACACGCCGGGACAAAACUUCCACCAUUUUCCCCCGCCCGAGUACCCUUGGCGCCCGCCCUGCGCCAUGGCUCGCAGCCAGAACGCCCAGGCCAUGGCUGGGGUGAAACAGGUCCCCAAGGACUUGGAACAGGGAGGUCCCAGAUUGCCCUAACAUCGAGGACCAGCUGCACUGUGGGACUGGCAGAAGAGGAGUAGGGUGUGUGUGUGUGCCCAUGUGUAUAUAUCGAGGAGAUUCCUCCAGCUACUUAACCCCCUGUGUGGACACAUGGUGGAUGUGGCUGCAACCAGGGCCUGGAGCGGCUUGGCUGUGCAUCCCCUGGGGAAGGUGUGAAGGAGGAACCUGAGGUGCCAUCGCGGUGGUGGCCAGCAUGGGGUCAACCCCCUGUGGCCAUCCCCUUCCCCGUGAGACAUCACGGCUGGUGUCCCUGUAGACCUAAGCCAGGUCUUCAGGGAAGAGGAGAUGGCCCUGGUCCAAGGGCUUCACUGUGGAUCUUGGUGCGGUUCAGCCCUGGAGCAGCAUGUGACAGCGGGGGAGCUCUCCCAGCUUGCAGGCGUGUGCCUGCCACAGCCACGGCUGAGAGUGGUUGGUGUCUUUGUAUUUAUUUAAGGACUGAAGUGUAA